AUGGGCUCCCGCCAGCUUGGCGAGCUCCUGCUCCGCCCAACUUCGCUAUCACGCAUGUCCUGCACCCAAAACAUUCGAAGGGCAGCAGCACCAUCAUGGAACCGCAUGAUCACCACCUCGAAUAACAACCAAGCCGCGCAACCACAGCCCGAGGAGGUUGAUACGCACGACUCCUACGCGCCUCCGAAGCCCAAUGCCCCUUCACCAACCCAGAACCCGACGAGCGCCGAGCAAACCAGCGAGGCCAUCGAUAGCCUCUUUAGCUCCAUGCCCGCCUUUUCUCGCCAGUCGUCAUCCACAUACACCCGCACAUCGCAAGAACAAGCAGCUGAACGGGCCCGCAAUGUCUUCGGCAGCAACUUCAGCAACGCCAGGGAAGGCUCCGCUUUCCAGAGGCGCGGCCUCGACUUCGAAAGCAUGAGCAUGGAUGGCUUGCCGCUCAGUUUACCGAACCAGCCAUCGUCUGUUGCUCCGCUCGAGCCAGAGAAACAAAUCUUCCCGCGCUUGAAUCCUGCGUUCGGUCGUAGUGUUGAGCUGAAGCCGGAAACGGGCCGCGAUCUGGUGCGAGGAAUCAACAUGCUUGGAAGCCUGAUGGCGAGGAAUAAGGUGCGGGCGGACUUCAACAAGCAAAAGUUUCACGAGCGACCAGGUCUGAAGAGAAAGAGACUCAAGAGUCAGCGGUGGAGAGCGAGGUUCAAGCAGGGCUUCCAGGAUGUAACGGCGCGCGUAAGUGAGUUGACCAGGAAGGGAUGGUAA